GAUCGUUAUUGUAUUCUCUACACAGUCAAAUGUAAGAAACUCCUCAUGGCAACCCCGCCAUUUCUGCAUGCCAAAGCAGAUAUCAUCUUUCGAUCGUCCGAUGGCGUUGAUUUUCGUGUGAUCACACCCUUUCUGAAUCUCGCCUCGUCGUCUUUUGACUCUAUCAUCAAGCAAACGGCACAAUCAAACCAGAUCGAAGGUGAUCUGCCCGUCGUGCCCGUGGCAGAAAACCACAGAGUCCUUGACAUCUGGCUCAGAUUUUGCUACCCUUCAACUCUUGCAGAGGAUCCUCCUCUGCAUGAAUUUGAAGAUAUCAUACCUGUGCUUGAGGCAGCCAGGAAAUAUUCUUUGCAAACGCUUGAGCACAAAGUUCGCCAAGCGCUUAAAAGCCAUAUGGAGAAAGAGCCUUUGAGAUGCUUUGCGAUUGCAAUGCGUGCCCAGCUAGAUAUUGAAGUCACGCUCGCCGCAAAAUAUACUCUCCGCCAAUCUCUGAUUCCUGAGAGCGUUCCAGAAAUCGACCUCAUCACGGCAAAGCAACUGCUCACACUACUUACCUAUCAUCAGGGGUGCAGCAAAUCGUUGCAAUCCUUGGGGGUGGAUCUAUCUUGGAUCGCCAGCAGUUACCCAAACGUGAAUGCGACAGAAUACCAAUGGAUCAUUAGCGGCUCCUGUAACUGCGAGUCCAGCAGUCGAUUCUUGCUCAAUGGUCAACGACCAUUGAAAUGGUGGAGUGAUUACAUGGAAAAAAGUCUGGUGUCUUUGUACGACAAGCCAUCUGGCCACACGGUUCUUAUGGGGGUCGGUGACACAGUCCGGGGUGUUCGAGCUAUGGGUUGCUCGCGGUGCUGUUCAAAUAUCCUGGUAAACAUGACGGGAUUUGCCGAGCUUUUUAGCAGGAAGGUUGAUACGUUGACAGCAAAGGUUCAUCUUGAUGUGCUCACCCUAACAAGGGGGUGGAUGAGACAGGGCGGGUUCUGGGGGAAGGGCGGGAAGAAGAAGAAGAAGAAGUGAAGGAACUCUCAAAACUACUGUACAUACAAGUUGGCAUACAGGUUGUCGAAGUAGUCUGACACUACAUAAUCUCAAGAUCAAACUGUACAUUAUGGAACACGGCAAUACCAUCGACCGACCAAUGUGCUUAGUAGAAAUUGAAUGUCAUGUCUCAGUG